UCCUCUAUAAGAAGAAUUUCCUCUGGCGUAGACAUAGUCUGUCUAAUCUGUGUUCGAUGAACAUAAGAAUAAAAUAAACAAUUGCAAAUGGAAAAUUCAAUUUUAAUAAAAUUAAAGUUUUUAAUUCCGUUUGGCAUAAUAAUUGUGAUUAACAAUGAUAAUAACUAUCAAUUAGGUACAUAAAAGAGGAGACUAAAUAAUGUUUUGGCCGCUACGGGCUACUUUAUUCUAGCCACAGAAUUAAAUAUAUGUACGUACCCGUUUCGAUGAUUUAUUUUAUUUACUAUUUAUCGAGAUUAUAUUGUAAUUGUAAAAAUGAUGUGACUAGACGACCUUCUCACUGUUGAAACUUAUUAAGACAUUACUUUUACCAUUGUUCAGAAAUAGAAUCAUUUCUAGUUUGUGUAUGGAAAGCAUCAACGAAUUAAUUCUAUUUAAAUUUGUAUUAAUCUAAUUAUGGCUACUUCUUACUAUCUAUUAAAAAUGUUAAAAAGCAAAAAAACACCAGACAUUUAUAGUUACUACCAGGAUUUACCAAAAUCUUGUAUUAUGAAAAUAAAAGAUGACUUACAAUCCAAAUGCAGGGUUUGUCUGGAAAAAGGUACGAUAUCUAUAUAUGAUAGUGAAAAUUCUCAUGAUGCUAUUGAGGCUUUACAAUACUUUGGUGAUAUUAAAGUAAAUGAAGAGGAUGAAUAUCCAAAAUUACUGUGUGAUAUCUGUUUUAAGUUUAUUAAUGCUGCUAUGAUGUUUAGAAAUACGGCAAAACGUUCAGAUGAAGUGUUACGAAAGCCUGUUAAACAAGAAAGUGACCCAGCAGACAAUAUACCAGAAUCAGAUUUUGAUUAUGCUGAGUGUAUGCCAUAUGACAAUCAAAUUGCCCAAAAAUGGCCAAAUAUAUCUGAAAUUGAGAAUAAAGAUGUUAAAAUGGAGGAAAAGAAAGAAAAAAGUAAAUAUACACCUAAAGUUACAUGUCAUAUCUGUCACAAGGUUAUAAACAGAUCAUAUUAUAAAGAACACAUAACUAUGCAUGAUCCAGACCAUAAGAAAUAUGUAUGUGAUGUUUGUGGGAAGUCUUUUAGACUACGUUGUGCAUAUCACAAUCAUAGCUUGAGACACAGGAAUGACUUUCCUUAUAAAUGUACAUUUUGCCCAUAUAAAGGCCGUUAUGCAGAAUUAUUGAAAACCCAUAUGAGAACACAUACUGGAGAUUAUAGGUACAUGUGUACUGAAUGCCCUGCCAGAUUUUUGUUUAAAAGUAACUUAAAUAGUCAUAUGUUGAAACAUAAAGAACCACAGUAUAAAUGUGAUACUUGUAAAAGAGGGUUUCAUACAAAACUACUGUUGCAAAGACAUUUUGAAGCCGACCAUUUGGGCAUAAAGAAUCAUGUCUGCAAUAUGUGUGGAAAGGCAUUUGGGUACAGAAAUGCUAUGAUGAAGCACCAGAGGCAUGUGCAUAAAAGAGAAAAGUUGCUCUUUGGUAGAAUGCCCUCAUAUUUAGAAGCAGAACAUAAAAAACAAGAUCUUUAAACAUUCAACAAAAUAUCUUAAAACCUGUUAAACUAUAGUUAAUAUUAAAUUGUGUUUACAUUCACACAA